AUGUUGCCCAGGCUGGUCUUGAACUCCUGGCCUCAAGCGAUCCUUCCACCUUGGCCUCCGAAAGCUCUGGGAUUACAGGCACCGAGAAGAGCUCGGAAAAGAGCAGAAGGCACUGCCAGUUCCAACGUCUUCUCCAUGUUUGAUCAGUCCCAGAUCCAGGAGUUUAAAGAGAGUCUGGCUCUGUCGCCCAGGCUGGAGUGCAAUAGCGUGAUCUCCGCUCAUUGCAACCUCCACCUCACGGGUUCAAACAAUUCUCCUGCCUCAGCCUCCCAAGCUUUCACCAUCAUGGACCAGAACCGCGAUGGCUUCAUCGACAAAGAGGACUUGAGGGACACCUUUGCCGCACUGGGCCGCAUCAAUGUCAAGAACGAGGAAUUGGAGGCCAUGGUGAAGGAGGCCCCUGGACCCAUCAACUUCACGGUGUUCCUGACUAUGUUUGGGGAGAAGCUGAAGGGCACGGACCCAGAGGAGACCAUUCUCCACGCCUUCAAAGUGUUCGACACUGAAGGAAAAGGUUUUGUCAAGGCCGAUGUCAUCAAAGAAAAACUUAUGACUCAGGCAGACCGCUUCAGUGAGGAGGAGGUCAAGCAGAUGUUUGCAGCGUUCCCCCCAGAUGUGUGCGGCAACCUGGACUACAGAAACCUGUGCUACGUCAUCACUCAUGGUGAAGAGAAGGAUUAG